AUGCAGGCUGUUGCGGCUACUUUGCUUCAGCAGCCGCCGGGCUGUGCAGCGGAGGAGGUGAAGCGCGCCGUUAGUUCCCUGUCUUCAUCAAUGCCUCCUCGUGAUAUUUCGGCCCUUCUUCAUCCGCUUGCAGCUGCCAAAAGACCCGACUUGGUGUUCGACAUGAUCUCGGCGAUGGAGGCUGCCAACUUCCAAACCAAUGUGGUGCACCGGAAUCAGCUGCUAAGUGCCUGCGACCGCCUGGCAGACUGGCAACUGGCUCUCCAUCAUCUGCAGGUGCUGCGUGCCAAGUUGCUGCAGGCUACGGCCGUCUCCUACAGCACUGUGGGGAGUGCGUGCAACAAGGCAUCACAAUGGCGGGCCAGCCUGAUGGUGUGCCAAUCCAUGUUCGAAGCGAGGAUCCGAGGAGACACCGUUAGCUUCAACGUGGCCAUCACAGCGUGCGCAAAGGGAUCGAAAUGGCAAUCUGCGAGGAAACUGCUCGAUACCAUGGGUGAGGUCAAGGCCGAAGUCGAUGUGGUCAGCUUCAACUCCUGCGUCAGCUCGUUAGCCACCUCGGGCGCUUGGGAGAAGGCACUUGCCGUCGUCGCGGAAAUGUCUGAGGUUGCCUUGCGACCCGAUGGCACGACGUUGGGCGCCUUCGUGGGUGUUUGUGCGACGGCAGCGCAAUGGACACUGGCGGUGGCAUUGUUGCAUCAAUGGGCCCAGAAGAACAUCGCAGUGGAUCAGGUGGCUGUAACGUCUGCCAUCCACGGCUGCAGCAUCGCCAGCCAGUGGAUCCAGGCCCUGGCCUUGUUUGUGGGCACGAGAGUGGACGGAGCAGCGGCCACGGCCGUGGUCAGCAGCUGCCAGCGAGCCGCGCACUGGGCAGCUGCUGUAAGGCUUGUGAAUCACUUCCGCUCAAGAGCUCUCGAUGCGGGCACAGAGGCUUUCAAUGCUGCCAUUAGCGCCUGCGAGAAGGGAGCUGCGUGGCAAGCUGCUUUGGUGGUUGUGGAUGCGAUGGAGGAAGCCGCCGUGCAGAAAGACAUCAUCACCUGCAAUUCAGUUAUCGGCGCUUGUGGCAAAGGUGGAAGAUGGGAGGUGGCAGUUCAUCUUCUUGCCGAAGCGGCCGCGUCGAGCAUCGAGCGUGAUCGAGUUUCAUACUACACUGCAAUUCAAGCUUGCGAAACCUGCGGCGAGUGGUCCAGCGCCCUGCUUCUGCUGCAGAGUUUGGUGAUGUCAGGUGUGCGAGACCAUCUGGGUGCAGACAGUCUGGAUCGGCGCACUUACGUGCAUGCCUUCCAAGCCGGCGACCCUAUCGACUGCUUCAAACAUGUAGUUUACCUGAGCCUGUCGCAAGCGCUGAUGGCAUCGGAAGACCCGCUGACCAUCGUGGACUGCCACGCAGGCAGUGGCAUCUACGAUUUUCGCGGUCUGGCACCUGGCUUCCACAGGAACUUCGAGGAUGGGAUCUUGCAUCUCCUGUCCUGCAACGGUGUUCCGGCGGGCCGCCACGCGCUGACACCCGCAGUCUGCCAAUACCUGGAGAUUCAAAGACGGAUCAACCGAAAAGCUUCUCAGGGAGGCCGGCCUGAACUGGACCUUUUUGCCGGCUCGGCCGUGUUGGCUGCGCAGGUGCGUCGGUCACAGGACAGGGUACUGUUGUUCGAAGCUUCUCCCGUGGUAUAUGGAGACCUUGUUCAGAACCUGGAGACUUUGGCAGGUAGUUCCCCCCUGGACGGCAUCCAGACGUUCUGUGAUGAUUCCUACCGGCGGCUGCUUCAGGCCGAUGCAGCACUCUUCAGAGGCAGAGGGAUCGUCUUCAUCGACCCGCCCUACGACUCAGUGAAUUCCUUUCACAUCUGGAACCUUUUCAUGGUCCAGUUCCUGCGAAGACAAUGGCCUGACUGCAUCGUCGCUCUCUGGUACCCUUUCAUCGAUGCGGUGCAAACGGCCAACCUACUGGCGCGUCUCGCAGAGCUCGGUAGAGGUGAUGUGCUUGUGGCCGAGAUGGAGGUCGAGAGGCCUUCCUCAGAGCAGCAAAGCCGAUCCGGUGUGGCCCUGCUGGGCGCACCGGGGCAGUUGGAGCAGAGGCUCGGGGAGGAGCUGUCGAUGCUCGGGGAUCUUUUGGGUGGCAGCGUUCGAACACGAUUCGACCUCAAGUUAUUAGUCUACAUGUCCAUGUUUAUCCUGCUCGGGCAUUGGCUCUGCAUCUGUAGAGCUGUAACCCUGAUCGGCUCUGACCGGAGCAAAGACCCAAGUCUGCCCGUUGCCCACCAGAGUGACAUCGACGGUGUUCCCAGCGUUGGCCAGAAUGCGGCAAGCUUUGACGAGAGCGGUUACAUGUACAACAGCAGCGAGCUUUCCAUUGUGAUCCCGGAGACGGUCGUGGCUGAGUACAAGGUUUUGAUCCUGGACGUCUUGAAGGAAACCAGCAGGCCCACCGUGAAGGUACUCCUUGCUGGCUGCAUGAGCUUGUUCCCGGAAUCCAGUAGAGAACUUUGCAAGCCUUGGUGCGAGAAGCUUGUGAAUGCGGUAUGUCAUUGUCGCAGCAAGCGCAGUUGCACGUCUGGGAAGAAGCUACCACCUGCCGUUCGUGAGGUGGUCAUGUUCUUGAAAGGCAUGGGCGGCAGUGUGGCACGAGAAGUCUCCAGAAGCAGCUUCAGUUCUUCUGCAUCCAAACCUGCUGCAAGUCCUCGGCCCUCGCCCUCUUCGGUGGCUCCUGCGACUCGCAGCAGCAAGGAGCAGAUCUUCACACAGUACGGCCUGGAGGCGCCAGUUUCAGAUCCAGUUGCAGAGGUGGAGGAGACUGGGCUGUCUCCUGCCCACGUGCAGGAAGUGUUUUCCUCGCAGGAGGUCAUGUCUCCUACUCAGGAGGCACCUCCUAUGGCAGCUUUGCCAGUGGAAGACAAAACUUCGGGCGGAGACGGGUCUGCUGAAUACCAAGAGUACUUCGACUCUGCUCGCCUCUGCAUGGUUCGUGCUUAUCCCAGUGGGGCUUUGGUGAUGGCAACGAUGCAAAAAGGCGAAGACGGAUUCCAGAAAGCUUUGUUCCCUGGCUCAGCGGAGGCAGUGUCCACAGAGAUCCCAAAUCUGCGAAUUCAGCGGAUGAAGCGGCCGGCUGCUCGAGUGAUGAAAAAACCGGCUGCCAAGAAGAGGCCGGCUGCAGCACCGACAACGGCAAGUGCUUCGGCUAGCUCUGCCAGCCUCGAAGAAAACGAGGACAGUGGCAUGGAGCCCCAGCCAUCAGUUGCGGAGGAGCAGCCGGAGAACGUAGCUGCUGCACAGCAGGAUCGUGUGGGACGGCGCACAUACACCAUCAUGUAUUACAAGGCGCCCAGGCACAAGAAGGCCAUUCGGCAGAAGCAGGCUCCCUUCUCACAGCUGUUCCAGUUCGGCCGAAAAGGCGUCCCUGUUUGGCAGAUGGACAGGAUCGCAAAAGCAUGUGUCCAGAAGCUUGAGAGCGGCGAGCUUGAAGAAGCUGAUGCCGAAGAUUGGUGUAAGAGUCGCCUCGCACAGGUCUGA